AUGGCACCUAAAUCGAAAUAUUCCACAAAAGACUCAGAUUCUGGGUCAGACUCUGAUAGCGGCUCAAGUGGCAGCCGUAGUAAGAGCCCCAGUCCAGCACCUUCUGGUAAAGAGGGCAGUCGUUCUCGAUCUGUGUCAAGAAGUCCAGCAAGAUCAGGAAGUGGAUCUCCAAAUUCAAAUAGAUCUCGGAAAUCUUCGAAUGCUUCAAAUGCUUCUCGUAGCAAGUCCAAUUCUCCAGCCCCAUCAAAAGGAUCUCGUUCUGGCUCAGCUCAUAGCAACAAGUCAGGUUCCUCAAGUCCCAAGUCUCAGGCAUCAGGGAGCCCUAAAACCAGAGCAUCUAGGUCAAGAUCUGGUAGUGGCUCUAGACGAUCCCGUUCAGGAUCAGGAAGCGCUCGCUCUCAUUCAGGUAGUGCCAAAUCCAGAUCAGCCAGUCCAAAAUCUGCAGCACAAAGUCCAAAGUCUCGCAGUUCUAAAUCUAGAUCUCAGAGUCCGAAGUCAAGGUCGCAAUCGCAAAGUCCUAAAUCAAGGUCUCAGAGUCCAAAAUCUAGAUCGCAGAGUCCAAAAUCAAGGUCUCAAAGUCCAUCAAGCCCCAAAUCUCAAACUGCCAAAAGUAGAUCUCGCUCAAAAUCUCAAAGUGCUAGCCCUAAAAGUCGGAAAUCGAGGUCAGGAAGUGGAUCCUCAAGGUCUAAGAGUCCCGUUACAAGAGAGGAUGUGCAGGAUAGCCGAUCGAAUUCCCCAAAUCUUAUGAUAGAUGAUGACCAGGGGAAGGAGAAGUCUAAAAGCAGAUCAAGAUCGGGCUCUCGACAAUCAAGGUCAAAAUCACGCAGCAAAUCCAAAUCAAAAAGUCGGUCAAGGUCGCAAUCCAAGAGUUCUGAAGAUGAAGUUGGAGAAAAAAAGAAACGUGCAGUGCUAUCUGACUCUGACAGCGACGCAAGUGCUAAAGGGGCUUCAAAACGUAAGAAGGGCGGUUCUGACAGCGGCUCUGAUAGCAGCAGUAAACCCACCAAGAAGAAAAGUAAAAAGAUUAUGGAUUCUGAUGAUGAGAAUCAGGAAAAAACAGUGACUGCCGACGCUUUAUUCGGCGAUGCUUCGGAUAUAAGCACUGAAGACGAAGCCGAGAAGAGGUCCAGGUCGGGCUCACGGUCGAGGUCAAGGUCCAAGUCGAGGUCGCGCAGCAGAAGUGCGCAGAGGUCGGACGAUGAACGACGUUCUGGGGACGAGGCUAAAGCUAGCGGGGAUGAGGCAAACAGGGAGAAACCAGAAGAAGAGGAGGAAGUAGAGAUUCCAGAGACCCGUAUAGAUGUGGACAUGCCUAAGAUAUGGACGGAGCUAGGCAAGGAGCUGCACUUUGUGAAGUUACCCAAUUUCUUGUCCGUGGAAACUAGACCAUACGAUCCUAACACUUAUGAGGAUGAGAUUGAUGAGGAGGAAACGCUGGACGAGGAAGGUCGAGCUAGAUUAAAACUGAAAGUGGAGAACACAAUCCGUUGGCGUACAGUGUUCGAUAAAGAAGGUAACGCGGUCAAAGAAUCGAACGCGCGAAUGGUGAAAUGGUCCGACGGCAGCAUGUCGUUGCAUCUAGGGUCCGAAAUAUUCGACGUUUACAAGCAACCUCUGCACGGCGACCACAAUCACCUUUUCGUCCGUCAAGGCACAGGUCUCCAAGGCCAGGCGGUGUUCCGUACGAAGCUCUCAUUCAGGCCACAUUCCACAGAAUCCUUCACUCACAGGAAGAUGACCCUGUCUUUAGCAGACCGUUCUACCAAGACUUCAGCCAUCAAGAUCCUGUCGCAAGUAGGCGCCGACCCGGAUGCUGAUAGGAAGUAUCAGCUGAAGAAAGAGGAGAUGGAACUGCGAGCUGCGAUGCGUUCUCGAGCCUCCACUCGGCCGAAGAGGAGAGCGGGGGGUGGCGGCGGUGGUGGGGGGAGGGGGGCCGGUGCCCGGGCCGGGGAUGAUUCGGAGGACGAAGGUGGUGUCUCACUGCAGGCCAUCAAGAACAAAUACAAGCAGGGGCAGAAAGCAUCUGCCGGUGCGGCGAUAUACUCCUCCGAGUCCGACGGAUCCGACGUGGAGACUCGUCGGGCUCGUCGUUUGGACCGCGCUAAAGCACUCAAAGACUCGGACUCCGAAGGAAGCGCGGCCGAAGGCGGUGGCGACACUCCACAACAGAGUAACAGUCCUAGCCAUAGCGGCAGCGGCAGCGGUAGCGGCAGCGAGUGA